GAGUAGCAAAGGUCCACUAGAUGGAGAUAUCUCCUGCAAGGAAAAGAGCUGCUGCUCGAGGACAUGGAUUCUUUUUAUCAUAGGUGUGCAGGACUGCUUGUUAAAAUCCAUUCGGCCUGAUCUAUGGCUUUUUUCUUGUAUGUUGGACAUACAAGGAUGUGACUCUACAAUAUAGCGCAUCUUCCUGCAUCCCUUCUGAUCCUGCGGAAGGCGCCGCUGUGAGCAUCGUCCUGUAUUAAUCAAGCUCCAUGGCGGGUGUCAAGCUGUCAAGUCGCACCGCAGAUGGCUCCUCUUCUAUCCUCCAUCGCUUCCUGCGCCCGCCCGUCACCUUCCCCGUGAUAUCCGGCUGGAGCAGCACAUCUCCACCAAACCUUCCCCGCCGUGAUUGACAGACGAAGCGACCAUAGAGCGGAGCCACGGCGCUCCAGGAGCCCUAUGAGAGCGCGCGGUAGACGGACUUGAGGAGCGCCCAGCUCCCGGUGGGUCCCUCCGCCGCUUUUUAUAGGCCCGUUUAAUGCUCUUUGUGGUCGGAAGAGGGCGGAGUGUCAUCCCGAGGAGCGCGGAGCUCCCAGCUGACUCGGUGCCUGCAGAAAAUAAAUAAAUAAAUAUAACAAUAACCGCCGCCUUCUUCCUCCUGGUCGGGAUUCAGUCUGCAGGCUGGAGGACGCCUGCCGCAGACACCGAGCAGCUCCAUGACGUGUCGGUGAAAAAAGGACAAGCGAGGACAGCGAAAGAGUUUCCUUGAGGGAAAAAAAAGGCUAAGAAGAUCCCACAAGUGUCUGAGCGAUGGUGUAGCGGCGUGGCUUUCUUUCGAUCUACUGCAAUCCAUCCCCGCAUUAAAAAAGAGCCGCGGACGCGUCCUGGAGGGAGAUGGCUGUCUUCCGGCUGGCGUUGCUGCUGCAAGUUGGCUUCGUGAUCGCUCACGAAGGAGGAGGAAGAGGCGGCGGCGGCCGGACGCACCGCGGCCACCGGCUGGCGCAUCUCCGCGGGGAGGCGGCUGAGCUGAGGCCGAGCGACGCCGUGGCUGAGUUCCUUCACACGGGCGACUCCGGCGCCCUGAAGCGGGCCAACUGCUCGCAGAGGUACGAGCUCGCCUCACUGCGGGGAAGGGCGCCAGGGAGUCCGCAUGGCUCCGUGCUGGAUGCGGUGAUGCACGCCAGCAACUUCCUCAACAUGGUGCUGCAAGCCAACAGGUCCAGGGAGCAGAGUCUGCGGCGAGACGUGGAGUGGUACCAUGCCCUGGUCCGGAGCAUCCUGCUGGGGGACCCCGACAUCCACCGGGCCGUGGUCGCCUUCGCCCCCGACGAGUCUCACGCUUCUCCCGGGCCUUGGGUGCACCUGCAAGCCACUAGGGCCGGGGGUGAGAUUGUGCUCCAGGACACGGUUGGGCAUCACCUGCACAACCGCACUGCAGAAACCGAGUGGUUCCACGGCUUUAAGGACAGGAAGAAGCUCACCUUCCAUAAAAGGGUUCUGAGCCAAGACUUCACAUCGGUGGACAAUUCCCUGAGGAGAGGAGAAAGUUUCAUCCCGGACAAGACUCACCUCAGGUGGUCUACGCCCUACUUGGAGUGUGAAGAUGGCAAUCUUGUCCCUCCUUGGCUUUUGACCUUAUCAGCUGCUUUCUAUGGCCUCAGGCCCAACUUAUCUCCAGAAUUCCGGGGCGUGGUGCGAGUGGACAUUAAUCUCCAGGAUGUUGAUAUCGACCAGUGCUCCACUGAUGGCUGGUUUGCUGGAACCCAUGGCUGCAACCUGACCACUAUGGAGUGUUUGCCGAUGCGCGGCCAUGGCUUCGUGCUGGACAAGUACAAGUGUGUCUGCAGGACAGGAUUCUACCAUCCCAGCCGAGUGGCCGUCAGCGGCGUCACCAGGGCAGGGCCAAAAGGGACGGUGCCAGACGGCGGGCCCAAUGCGGACGAGGCAUCCUCCAGCGACUGCCUGCCGUGUCAGCCCGGCUGCGCCUUCUGCAAGGACGACACGCCGUGCGUAGCGCGUGAGGACGGCGCCCUGCGCUUAGCCGUGCUCUCCUUCCAGUGCCUGUGCAUGCUGGUGGUCUUCAUAAGCAUGGUGCUUGUCUACCACUUCCGCAGGAACAAGAGUAUCAGAGCGUCGGGCCUCGUCCUGCUGGAGGCCAUCUUGUGCGGCGCUCUUCUUCUCUACUUCCCGGUUGGGAUUCUCUAUUUUCAUCCCAGCGUGUUCCGCUGCAUUCUGCUGCGCUGGGUUCGACUGCUGGGCUUCGCCACCGUCUACGGCACGCUCACCCUCAAGUUGUACAGGGUCUUGAAGGUGUUCCUGUCCCGUACAGCGCAGAGGAUUCCCUACAUGACCAGCUGGCGAGUGCUUCGUCUGCUGGCCAUCAUCCUGCUCAUCGUCUGCUGGUUCCUUGUGGCCUGGACGUCGGCCGUCUGCCAGAUUGCGGACAGGAAGUCGGCGCUCAUCGACGUGGGCUACACGCCCGACGGGCUGCAGUUCAGCAUGUGCCUGCUGGACCGCUGGGAUUUCAUGAUGGCAGUCGCUGAGUUCCUCUUCCUGCUUUGGGCGGUGUACCUGUGCUACGCCGUGAGGACGGUGCCUUCUGCGUUCCACGAGCCUCGCUACAUGGCCAUCGCCGUCCACAAUGAGCUCGUCCUGUCCGCAAUCUUCCAUGUCCUCAGGUUCACGCUGGCCCCUGAGCUCCACCCUGAUUGGAUGCUGCUGCUGUUCUUCACCCACACCCACCUGACUGUAACGGUCACGCUGGGCCUUCUUCUCAUUCCCAAGUUCCUGUUUGCCGGCGCCCACAUGCGAGACGAUAUAGCCUCGGAGGCCUACGAGGAUGAGCUGGACAUGGGUCGUUCGGGGUCCUACCUCAACAGCAGUAUCACCUCAGCCUGGAGCGAACACAGUCUGGACCCCGAGGAUAUUCGGACGCCAGACGACACGGGCCCUCUCAGUUCUAUUAAUGGCUGUGGCGUAAGAUCAUGCGACAGUCUUUGGGAAAAACGUACCAACGAGGAGCUGAAGAAGCUCUACUCCCAGCUGGAGAUCUACAAGAGGAAGAAGAUGCUGGCCAACAACCCUCAUCUCCAGAAGAAGCGCAGCUCCAAGAAAGGUCUCGGUCGUUCGCUCAUGCGGCGCUUUACGGAGAUUCCGGAAUCUGUGCACCGCCAAUGCAGUCGGGAGGAAAAGGACGUCGGGGAACACACCGGAAACCGGAACAGCAUCUGCGUGCUAAAGAAGAACCUGUUUGAUCAGACGAUGAAGCCUGUCAAGGAGGAGACGCUGAAGAACAAGAUGUUCUCCCUGAAGAAGUCUCACAGUAGCUACGACCACGUCCGCGAUCAGAGCGAGGACUCCAGCAGCUCCGCCACAGACAAGAUGGAGGUGAUGGUGGCUGACGGCUCCCUCAUGGACACCUUGAUGGGGAAGAAGCUGGUCAAGAAGAAAUCCAGCGAGAACCUCGGCGCACCGAGCGAGUCCACCGAGUCGAUGCCGCUGGUCUGCAAGUCGGCUAGCGCCCACAACCUCACCGCCAACAAGAAGCCCCUUCAUCCUCGCGCAUCAAUGCUGCAGAAGUCCCUCAGCGUCAUCGCCACCGCCAAGGAGAAGACGCUAGGUUUGACAGGGAAGACUCAAAAUGCUGAGGACGGCAAUAAGAAACCCAAGAGCGCUGCAGAAGUGGUGAACGCCACUAAAGGCAGAACCGAUCCAGUCAAGGAAAAGGAUCUGUACGAUCUGUCCGAGGUGUGUCCCUGGGAGGUGGAGGACGUCCCGACGCCUUCGGAACACAAGAUCCAAAAGCAUGUGUCCAUUGCGCCCAAGGAGACCACCACCGUGCACGGGGGGAGCACCAAGGGAGGAAAGUCCCAAAAGCAGAAAGUCACAGAUUCGUCUCCGUCCGGCGUCAAGCAGAGGACACCUCGAGAAGAGGUGUGUCCCUGGGAGGACACUAACCAGGUGGAAACGUCAACGCAAGCUGCGAAGACCAACAGAGAAGACGUCUGCCCGUGGGACUAUGGCGAGACCACAGAGACUUGUCCGGCAGCCAAGCAGAGAAAAGGCGCCUCGUCUCCGGAAGCCAGGAACACUUCUUCCAAAGCUGAAGUCUGUCCCCGGGACAACCCUGCAUCCCCCAACACCGAGAGCCCUCAUCGGAGCUCCAAACCCAAGGAGUCCCCUUCAAAAAGGAGAACACUUGAGAGAGAGAAGGAUACGUCAAAAGACAACAAGGAGGAGAAAAGUAGAACAAAAGCGAAGGACAAGAGUAAACCAUCCGAGAGCCAGCCGAGAUUAGCCGAGGUUUGUCCCUGGGAUGUGGACAGCCAUCAGGAGGUGGCGGCCGUGGAGAAGCGGAAGAGUGCCAACGUCGGAGCCGUCAAAGCCAAGAAGGCUGAAGUCUGUCCGUGGGACUUCGAGGACACGUCAGAUAAAAAAGACAAAUCUUCUGCAGGGAGGAGGAGCGCUCUCAAUGCUGGCCCAGUCCCAAAGACGGCCGAUGUCUGUCCCUGGGACUUUGAGGACAAGAAUGCGUGACACUCUGCUGACGCUCUCGCUGUUUGUGUCUUUUUUUGGAAUACACUUCAAUCUUACAUUUUCCUAGCAGUCGGUGACUCGGAUGAAAUUCAGUUCCACAAAGUUGCCUUCCUUUAUGAGCUUUUUGGUUCGGGUCAUUUUGACAGAUUUUACACACACAAAAAAAACAAGAUGGCCGCUAAGAUGAUGACGAUGAUGAGCAUUCCACUUGACUACAGGUACAACCUGGGACAAAUCUUAGACUAAUUAUGCAACUUUUGAUUCAGCCUUGUCAUUCAAUUAGCAGUCACAUUAUGGGAAAGAAAGAGAAGGACGCUGAAGCAAAAGCCAAAGAAUACGGCAACCGAGAAGGACAAACUUCUCAGUGAGGAAAUCAGUCUGAAGCACUUUAGCCAACUCCAUUAGCAGACGACGCGCUUCUCUUCAUCUUCACACCUUCCUCUGCUCCUUUUUCGAGAUCGAUUUAAUUGUAGUCCUCCGAGUCUGCGGCGGAAGACGUACUGUAUGUGCCUGAGUAUAAGUAAGUAAGCAUAGUCUCGUCUUACGUCUACAAAAGUGAAUAAUAUAAAAGCAGCGUGCGCGGCAGCCCGUAAUUAUGCUAAACAUUACACAACCCUUUAUUGUCAACAGUUGUUGUGUUACUUUGUGUUUUACAUACAGUAGAUUCCAGGCUAUUCACUAAUUCCCAAACUCCCCCAAAAUGGGACCUGAAAACCAAAAUGGCCGAUGAUCUGUGCGUCUUUCUGUAUAUGGUCCUUGACUCUUGCAAGAUAUGGUAAGUUUUUGAGUUUUAAAGCCCUUAAAAAGGUUUUAGUUGGCAAAAUAAUGAUAAGAAGAAAUUAAAUAUUUUAAUCAGGUUAGGUUACCAAUAACGCAAAGAUGUGGAUGUUUUGUUCAGAUAGUUUAUUAGCUUGCAUAUAUAAAUUGACCUACAUUGAAUUUUAUUUUUAUUUUGGGAAACCCUGGUCAAGAGUAUCAAAAACAGGCUUUUUUAUUGGUGUAAACCCCUUGAAAAGCAAGGAUCUACUGUAAAAAGUACAGAUCCCGAGUCCAGUCUUGUAAUAAACUUCACAGUUAGCUUGUGUUAGCAUUAGCCUAGCAACCCUGCUAAAUCAUCUAAAACCAAAAACACAGCUUUCAAAUCGCAAAUCUCUAUUCCACUGCGAUAACAAAAGUUAACUUAGGAGGAAUUUAAUGAGAAUCUUCCCCCCGUUUUUUCUUUCUUUUUCACGUUUCUGUGUUGAAAAUGUAGCAUUGCUAGCAGUAGCAGGUUUCGACUUAGCGGUGACUGAUAGAACUAAAACCUUCCAAAGGUUUUGCUUUGUGCCACGUUUUGUAUCGAAAUGUCGUUACUGCUCGUCACGCGCUCAGUCCGUGUAGUCAAAGUUGAACAAUAACCCGACGACAGCUACCGUUGACAAUGUCUUGUGCGCGAACGUCGUCACUGAAUGUCGUCACUGAUUAUUUGUGAUUGUCCACUUCGUCGUAAUCGAUGUCGCUAUACGUCAGCGUUCGAGCUAAUCAAAUUUACUUUUAGUUUUCAACCCAUGAGAGUCCAGAAAGUAUCCGGCAUUAGUAUUAAAGGGUUUCUGAUUUUUAAAUUAGAGUCUUAGGAAGCACUGCCACGUUGAAUUUUACUGCCCUGACGAUAACUAAUUAGCUGUAUGUUUUAUAAACAAGUAGCCUUUGUUGUCCUUGCUGGGAAAAACGGUCUUAAAUCAGACAUUUGUAAUUAUUAUCUUUAUUUGCUUGGAUUAAAUCUGUCAUUCCAACAUGAACUGGUUGGAAUUCAGAGUGUUUUAUUAAAAAAAGAAAAAGAAUGCAUGGCAAGAAAUAUUCCCAAAAACAAACAUUCCGGUGCCAAAACUACAGGCGAUUUUGGUUGCAAAAUAAAAUUAAUAUAAAGCCAUUAAAAUAUGACAUUUCAUCAGGAAAUAAUAUGCAAUUAAAUAUAUUUUAAAAUAAUAUUAGGUCAUGAAAAAUGUAAAUCAGUUAUUUAAUAAAUGCAUUUUUGAUUAAAUGAAUAUAAAUCUUAUUUCACAAUUUUACCCAUGGACAAUUUAACAAAUUAUUUUACACUUUUAAUUAACAUUUUUGACCAUUUUAUUGUUCAAUCGACAUGCUAUUUGAUAAGUGUGUUAGACAAAGAUAUACUACCAUGUGAAUAAUGUAUUAUUAUUUUGUAUUUAUUAUUACAAAGAAUAAGGAUGAGAAUCCUAUAACAAGUUUAAUUUAAUUAAUUUAAUUUUGAUUCUCGGGGUGACGAUUCGAUUCAGAAUCGAUCUUGUUUCAAAUCCAUUCUCCAUUAUACAUUUUAUAUUUGGUAUAAAAUGUAUAAUAAAACCUUUUAAAACAGGUUACAAUAUUUUUGAAAAUAUAUACUUAAAAAAAUGUUUUUAUUCUUUAUCGUUUUUUGUUUGUUUGUUUUUUUCAACAAAUAAGGAUGUGAAUGUUACAACAACUCACAAUUCAAUUCCGAUUCCUGGUGUGACUAUUCGAUUCGGAAUCAAUUUUGGCAAUAUAUUAUUUGGUAUAAAAAUUAUAAUAGAACGUUUCAAAACAGGCUACAGGCUACAAUAGCAAGCUAUGUAUUUUUAAAAGUAGAUUCUUUAAAAAAUUAUCAUAUAUACUGUAUUUAUUUAUUUAUUUUUUCGAAUUUAUAUAUAGUAACUGAUUUUUGAAAAGUAAAAAUCCAUUUAGAAUCAAAAUAAAUAAAAAUGGCUAUUUGGAUAAAAUACAAAUUAUAGUACAACCUUCCAAAACAGGUUACAGGUUACAAUAGCGAGGAUUAAAAAAAAAAAAUUGAUUCUUAAUACUUUUUUUUUUUUCUUUUUUGUAUUUUUUUUGUAUUGAUUUUUUUAAAAUAUUGAAUCCGUUUAAAAUCGAAAUAAAUAAGAAUCGAUGUGAAUCUAUGUUUUUCAGCACCCUUAAUGAAUGUACAAAAAAGUAUAAUUAUUAAAGAUUUUAUCAUUAUUAAGGAGCUCACAAUUUGCCAGUUUUAAUAGGUUUUCACAUUUAAAUCCAUUCGUUCAUAUUUUAUUGGCUUUUUAUUGAUUUAAUUUUGGCACCUAGAAAAACAAACAUCUCUUUGGCUCAUGACAUUCCUAGUGGAGCAUGACAGACCAUAAUAAUACUGCAAUGUUUUCUAUUUUUACACCAUGGACGUGUACCACAAUGUCUGCGUCGUCCUCUGUCCACCAAUCACUGACACUCCUCGUCCACCAAUCAGACCUCAGAACCGUGCUGUCAAUCAAACCUUUGCUACUACCCCUCCUAUUACUACUAUUACUACUACUACUACUACUACUACUACUACUACUACUACUACUACUACUAUUCAAUGCUGUAACGUCGUAAAUCUUGUGGCUUCUGCAUGAAUUCCAGAAAUUAGUCGGACCGAUGUUUCACUGCCCUCGAUAGAACAAACGAGAAAAAAAAAGAUGUAAUGGACCGUUACAAGUUGUAUAGUGAGUGAUUGUGUCUCUUUAAGCCACUGUAUUGCUCUAUGACAAAGCUUAUAGCAUCCAUAUAUUUGGUAGAUUUCUAUUGUGUUACAUUGUGAUAGCAUGUACAUAAAAGAUACCUCCUCUGCAAUAAAUAUUUCUAUGA